AUGGAGAAGGAGUCGGCGCCGGGCCCGCUGCCCAAACUGCCCGGCGGCUGGAAGGUGGUCGCCGACGGCAGCGACCUGACGCUGAGCAAGACCUACAAGGGCGAGGAGAUCACCAUCAAGGCCAAUGUCAGCUACUCGGUGGACUCGGCCAACCCUGGAGCCGAAGAUGGGGAGAACCCCAGCAGCGGUCAGAUGGUCUGCAAGCCCGACUUUGCCAUCGAAAUUAAGAAGGGCGCCUCCAUUUUGGGGCUCAAUUGCAGCUACCUCGCCGAGGAGGAGGCCGUCGACGACCAGGGCGAGAAGCUGGAGGACGACUUUCAAAUCAACGAGAUCAGCGUGUACGAGGGCGAGUUUGAGAAGAACAACUACGCCAUCACGGGCGACGUCAUCGACGGCACCCUCUACGACAUGCUGAUGAACAUCCUCGAGGACCGCGGCGUGGACCAGGCCUUUGCCAAGGCCCUAGUCGAGUACGCCACCGUCUACGAGCACAGCCAGUACGUCCGCCUCCUGGAGAACCUCAAGAAGUUCUUCUCCAACUAA